CUAUGACACCUGGGUCCAUGUGAGCGAAGUCGAAGCAGAGAUCGAAGAGCCUCCGAUUCCCGAAAAGCCUUGGAAGGUCCACGCCCGAUGGAUCUUGGACAUGGACGUCUUCAAUGAAUGGAUGAAUGAAGAAGAUUACGAGGUGGAUGAGAACAAGAAGCCGGUCAGUUUUCGACAACGGAUCUACCUGAGAAACGAAGAGCCGGUCCGUAGCCCCGAACGGCGAGAUAGGAAGGCAGCGGCCGGGACCCGGAAGAGGAAGGCCUCUCCUUCACCCCCACCCCCUCCCACCCCGGUGGAAUCCAGGAAGAAAGUUGGCAAGAAAGGACAAGCCAGCCUCUAUGGCAAGCGACGCGGUCAGAAAGAAGAGGAGGAGCAGGACGAUCUGACCAAGGACAUGGAGGACCCCACCCCGGUGCCCAACGUGGAGGAGGUGGCCCUGCCCAAAAACGGUGCGUCGCAAAGCCGCGGACAAUACACAAAGCUGCACCACACAAACCCCCACAGAAGUCUCCCCCGUUUACUCCGCUGUGUUUUUAUUUUCCCCGCUUUUGAAAAGCGUAAUCUGGAGGUUUCCUCCAGAGGGACGGUCCUCGACUUGAUGACCAAAAUUCCCAUUGCUGAAUGAGAUGUUGGUGGUGGAGGUCCAGGUUUUGUUUUUUUGUUUUUGUCACAGUUCACGUCCCUGCAAUCCAAAGUCAGGCAUUGGGCAGCCGACUCAUUUUUGUGAGAGUCGUGGCGUCCCCAUUGGUGUGUGUCCCCCCCCCCCCCGAGUCCACGGAUUUGUUCCACCGACAUAUGACUCACUGAACAACCGCC